GGGAGCUCAGCCGCGCUGAGCUGAUGAUGAUGACGAUAGCUGACAUCAUCAAGCAAUUAAUUGAGGCUCAUGAGGAAGGAAAAGAUGUGAAUCUGAACAAGCUGAAAACCAAGACAUCAGCGAAGUACGGACUUGCGGCGCAGCCACGUUUGGUUGACAUCAUCGCUGCUGUUCCACCUCAGUACCGCAAGGUGCUGGUGCCAAAGCUGAAGGCCAAGCCUAUCAGAACUGCUAGUGGGAUUGCUGUGGUGGCUGUGAUGUGUAAACCGCACAGGUGCCCACACAUUAACUUCACAGGCAACAUAUGUGUAUACUGCCCAGGUGGACCUGAUUCUGAUUUUGAAUAUUCAACACAGUCUUACACCGGAUAUGAGCCAACUUCUAUGAGGGCCAUUCGGGCUAGGUAUGACCCUUACCUCCAGACAAGACACAGAGUGGAACAGCUGAAGCAGUUGGGCCACAGCGUGGAUAAAGUAGAGUUCAUUGUCAUGGGUGGAACAUUCAUGUCCCUGCCUGAAGACUACAGAGAUUACUUCAUCCGAAACCUUCACGAUGCCUUAUCGGGUCACACUUCCAAUAACGUAGCAGAGGCCAUCAA